AGGCCGCGGGAGGGGGGACCGCAGUUGCGGAGAGGGCAGCGUGUCAGAUUAGCGGGGAGGUGGAGACACGGCUAAGGCCGUAUAUGCGCGGCCGGCUGUCAGCUGGUAUCAUCCACCUCGCUGGAGGGAGGGCCGGGGGCGCGACCCGCGGCGUAGAGGUCCGUUGACCCCGUGGAAAAGAUGACGAUGGGCGCUGGGAACUCAGGCUCGGGGGCCACUCAUCCUCUGAAGAUUGUUGCCAACAUCUUUAUCUCCUUCAUUGGUGCAGGAGUGUUAGGUCUACCAUAUGCUUUCAAGGAGGCUGGUUUGGCAGAAGGAAUCCUGAUAAUGGUGACAGUUGGCUAUGUCUCCAUCCGUGCCAUGUUCCUCAUCAUUGACUGCAAGUACUUGCUGCUGCAAAAACGUGCCCCAGGAAAGGCUGCUGUCAAAAGCUAUAUGAAGAGCAAUGUUUCCCUGAAGAAUGGCUCGGUGGAGCUGAAGCUGCCUCUGCUGAAGGGCGAGGACGCCGCGCAAGACGACGAAGAGGAUGAUAAGAUCGUCGUCGACACCACUCACGAGAUCACAUACGGUGAUCUGGGCUUCUACGCAUUCGGGUCGAAGGGCCGCUGGCUGGUGGAUGCCACAGUCGUGGUCUCACAGAUAGGAUUCUGCUGCGCAUACCUGAUAUUCAUAUCGGAGAACCUCUCCACGUACAUAUCGGGAGUCACCACGGGUCAGUGGCUCAUCCUCUUCCUGCCUCCGCUAUACCUGCUCUGCCUGCUGCGGAAGCUGGAGAAGCUCGCCAUCUUCAGCGUGUUCGCCCAGCUCUCUACCAUCAUGGCGUUCGCCGUCGUCUUCUGGUUCGACUUCGAGCACUACUACGUGAUGGAGCGCUUCCAUCCGCGCGAGUUCUCCGACAACGGCUUCCCGUUCUUCUUCGCCAUCGCCAUCUACUGUUACGAGGGUGCCGGCAUGAUCCUCUCGCUGGAGAACUCGCUGGCUGAGCACGUGCGACCCAAGUUCAAGAUGAUCUUCGGCCGCACGAUGGCGUUCGUGACGGGCCUGUACGUGGUGUUCGGCUGCUCCGGCUACAUCUCGUUCGGCCCCGAGACGCGCGAGAUCAUCACCCUGAACCUGCCGGAUAGCGACGGCGUCAUCGACUUCGCCAUGGUGGUCAAGUGCUGCCUCUGCUUCUCCCUCUUCUUCACCUACCCGCUUAUGGUGUUCCCCGUGGUGACGAUCAUCGAGAAGCGGCUGCCGGCCAGCUACAACACCACCUUCCGAGGGAACGCGCUGCGCCUACUGCUGGUGCUGACCUCCGGCCUGGUGGUGGUGCUGAUCCCCAACUUCGCCAACCUGAUGGCCAUCAUCGGCGGCACGUGCUGCACCCUGCUGGCCUUCAUACUGCCAGGCCUCUUCCACCUCAAGCUGCGCCGCAGGUCGAUAUCGCCCCGAGAGAAGUAUUUCGACAUCUUCCUGAUAUGCAUCGGCAUGCUGGGUGCCGUCAUCGCGACGUCGGAUGCCAUCUUUCGGAUGUCGCAAGAGGCUGAGGUUCCGGCGCCUCCGCUGGAGGGCCUGACCCCGGGCGUGCAGGUAUCUUGGUCUGCCGCGCCGGCAGGCAACGCGACUGCGGCGAGUCACCUGCCGCUGUCAGGCCCGAUCACGGCUUCCGUCGCGACGUCGCCGCCGAACGACACGCUCUUAGCAGCGAACGGCACGCUCUUAGCAGCGAACGACACGCUCGCGGCUGCGGUGAACACGACUCUCGCGGCUGCCGUGAACGCGACUCUCGCGGCGGCCGUCAACGCCACGCUGGCGGCGGCCGACGCCGCCGGCGGCGCGCUACUGCCGGCCGUCAGCUGAUACCGGAGCAGUGACGUCACGGCGGCCGGCCGGGCGGACGUCAUGGGCUCGGUCGGCGCCUGGUGACGUGUGGGGUGCUGGCGGAGGGCUGUGCUGGUGCCAGGGUACUGCGCGGCACGCCGUGGCUCCAGCCGCCGCCGCCAGCGUGUGUCAGUAUUGCAGACCGUGGGAGCGAACGGGGGGUCCAUUGUGCGGGUUUAUGGAGGGCGCGAGCGUCGCCGUGACUGUCAUAAUAAUAGCUGCUGCUGCUGUGUGUGCGGUGAGCGCGGCCAGCUUUGUGAGUACCAACGCAUAGUCAGAGGGGCUCCGUGCGGAUGGCGUCGGCUCCUGGGCGGACGGCCGGCGGCAGACGACAGUUCCGGGCUCCUCCCAUGGGCCUGGGCGGACGCCGAGUGGGCAUUUCCGUAAAAGACACUUCCCGAAUGCUGUGCGUGAGUGGCAUUGGAUUUAGGGUGCAUGUUGAGCGGAACUUGUUGGUGGUACCGUGCGCAUACCACUCGGGAAGAGCUACUUCAGUUUAACUGCCAGUUCGUCCUCCGGCAGCUUCGCCAGACAUGACCAUGGAUGGGUCUUUCACACUUUGCAAUAUCAUAACAUGGCCGCCUGGCGCCAGGUUUGUCAUCAUUGAAUCUGCCCUGACCAAAUUCCCUCCCCAUUUCUCUCUCCCUCCCUCGCUCCGUCCCUGGGACUCAAACUCAGGGCCAGUUGCCCUAGAGCCAAGCCCUCGCAUCAGGAAACUCGGCCGAGACGGCAUUUCCAGCGCUUGAGGGUCGGGCGUCGCCGCGUUCUCGUGCCAAUGUGCGGCGGUCUGAUCUGUGCCGCCGGCCACAGGGACGACAUUGGUCGACAUAGCUCAGUGUCACUGCCGCAGUCUUGGAAUCGGUACCGUUCCCACGCCAGUGUACGGCACUCCGGGUGCGCCGUAAGGCUGAGGGUCCGCUCAGGGGCUGGGACGAACGCUGCUCUCGUGUAGUGUGCGAAUGUUGGGCUGUUCUGAAUGGUUGUGGCACGCUUCCCAGCGUUUGUUGUGAUGGGACAGCAGGGUGCAUUCCUUGAGGCCGCCUUCCACGCUCCUGUGCUGCUGAGUUCGAGCCGGAGCGAGAUUAUUUUACUACUCACUUGUUGUGAUCUACCACGGAAUAGUAUUUUUGGAAUAGUCUAUUUUUGGGAGUGCGUUGGUCGUCCGCGGUGGUGUUGGGCGCCUGGUGCCGUUGGUGCUGACCCCGCUGCCCUGUGAGGGCUGGCCGCUGGUUGUCCUGCACUGCUCGCUGUCUGGAGGUCAC